AUGAAAAUUAAAGGUGAGGCCUACUCUGGUAAAGAUGUAAUUGAGGCCUACAGUCUAGGUCAAGAUGUAAUUGGGGGCCUAAGUUGGCACCACCUUGGUACCCCCACAGUCUCUGGUAUACGAGGAUUGGGUACUGGUAUUACUACCUGUUAUCUACCAGUACUAAUAGCAUUUAUCUUGGUAUCCACACAGUCUGGUAUACGAAGAUGGGGUACUAAUAUUACUUCUAUUAAUGCUACCUAUUAUCUACUUUCUACCACUACUGCUACUAGCACCAUCUUGGUACCCCCACAGUCUCUGGUAUACGAGGAUGGGGUACUGGUAUCUGGCUCGUUGAAGGCUCUGGUUCAACACGCAGUACCCACGGCUGUCUAUUACCCGGACACUGCCUACCUCUUCGCCUUCCUGCUGUCGUCAAGACUCUUCAUCAAGCCCUACGAGCUUCUACAGCGAGUGUGUGAUGUAGGAUUUACUCAACAAGGCCUUCAAGGCAACGACCUGUCUACUGUCAACAAGGAGAAGUUGGGCAGGUUUGUGCCACACAUGGUACAGCUCCUGGGCGAGUGGAGUGAGACAUUUCCUUACGACUUCCGCGACGAGCGCAUGAUGGGUGGCGUGCGUUCCAUGACGCACCGAUGUAUCGCCCUCCAGCCAGCGCUGCGUCGAGACGUAACCCAGGUGCUACACAACUUACUCAACAAACUGACACAGCUGGAGCGCUAUGAGGAAGGACUGGCCAAGCUGUCUCCUCCACCUCCAGCUGACUUCAUCUCUCAGGUAAUUAGUUUUAAAACUUGCCCAUUCAUUCCCUUAAAUUAG